UGCUAGUAAAAAGCUCCAGAUAAUGUUUAUCGAAGCGGAUGUUACGUGUGUAAUUUUUAUCAGCAGAAGUUGAGUGGACGCGGUUCGAGCAAUGACACCCGUGGACGAAAUUGUUUAGUUACUUUAUUCAUACCGCUUAUACAUGGCGUAAUAUUUUAUUUUGCUGAGCGAUUUUAAUGCAUUAACAUGAUCAAGACCUCAACUCUGCUAUGGAUCUUGUUAUUAACAUUGGCAACCGCAACUCGAACGUUGAAUAAUCCCUGCAACAACAUCAUCGAGUUCACACUAGUACCUGACUCAACCGACUGCGAAUGGUACUUUCAGUGCAUAAAUGAAUUGGCAUUCCACGCACAGUGCGCCGCAGGAUUAACUUUCGACAUUCUCACAAAUAACUGCAAUCGACCGGAAGUGUCCGUUUGCAUUCUAAACCUUCCAACGCCACCCACACCACCGGUUUCGGAUCUACCUUCGACGACCUCCGGCACUACACCGAAAACGUCCACGACUAUCAGAACUUCUUUACCGCAGACAACCACAACUACAAGGGAUGCGACAUCGGAGGAAACUACAAAUGAAGAUAUUUCCACGACCGAUGACGUGGAAAGCACAGAAAGCACAACAACUGAUCCAACACCGUUUUGUCCGGACGAUCAGCUAUUCUACGCGCCCCAUCCCGACUGCAACCGCUACUUCCGGUGUAUUUACGGCUAUCUGUAUGAGCUGGAAUGUCCUCCAGAACAGUAUUGGAAUCAGGAAAAGGAACAGUGUGAUCUUAUGGAAAAUGUGCCGUGCGAGACAGAAUACGAAAAAAUGUAAUAUUUCAUCCACUUUUACAAUAAAUUACAG